AUGAAUCAUAACCAAUCUCAAGUUUUAGCUCGAUUGUUAGAAUCUUGUUUACCAAAAGAUGAGGAAUUCCAAGUACUUCAAUUGCAAAGUUUACCUACCCAGACACAUUCAAUAGUGACACCCGUUCCAAAAUCAGAAAGUACACCUUUAACAGUAAAAGUUCAACACUUUUUCUCCCUAUUCCACCAAGAGAAAGUCAUUUUUGCACUAGAAAUCUAUGUGUUUCUUACAUUGCAUAACAAAGACGCUCCCGCUGAGAGGUUGAUAUUUGUAUCUAAGGCAGAUACCAAUGGGUACUGUAAUACUAAAAUCAGUUUUAAGAGUUUAACCAAGAACUUGAUCAAAUACAUUUUAAGCAUUGAUCCGAAUUAUUACUUACAAAAGGUGAAGCCUCGAGAAAGGAAGUAUGACCAAGAAGCGGAUCUUCUUACUCAACGUACAGAAGUCAUUAAAUCGUUACGUAUUCUAUCGAAAAGACAUCUCUCAUCCUUAGAUCCACCAAGUAUACCAAACGAUUUUUAUCUGAAUUUAAGGUUUCCUCCAAAUUACAUUACGAAGAUAAGUCUUUUCACUAGACCUGAACCUCAAUACUUAUUUGCAGAAUCGUCACGGAAUAAACAAAAGCACUGCUUGGAUGGGUCUCAAUUGCUUCAAUGGUGGCUUUCCAUUUUAGAUGAUAUUCUUUGCCAAGAUUUCCAGGUAACUGCUCAGGCCAGAUUGCAAAUCCCCGGAGAAGAUUCAGCACAAGUGAACCGUCACUUGAAGACCGUUCGGUUCGCCGGUUGGCAAGUUGGUGAUAUAUUUGGUCGUCAUGUGGGAGAAUUGGCGGCUUUUACGGUACCAUUGUUUCCAGAUGAUCCUAAGACUCGAUUCUUACGUCAAUUGGUUGAAGAGGGUAGAAUCCACACUACCAACCUUGCGACUUUCUGGACAGAAUUGGCACAAAGACAAGAAUUCCGCCUCAGUGUUAUUGCCUCAGUCAUAGGUGUUCAAGGUACGCUAUUACAAGCAUCUUCACAUUGGCCUACUUCACCCUUGUAUCAAAAUCAAGAAGAGAUCUACGUUGCAGAUUCCAAGAAACAGUUUGCUUAUAUCAAAAGUUACAUUACAGGAGAGGAGUACGAUACGGAAGAAGGUGCUCUCGAGGCUUUUGCUAACAUCAGAGAUUUCUUCAAAAUAAGAUUGAACCGUCCAGUAUUUUCAAUCCUGGGCGCUAAGGAGCCGAAUUCAACAAGCACGGAUCCAUCACAGACACAGACGUCAAACCUCAAAAGAGUCAACGUAAUUACAACUUUACAAACAAGAAAGAAACCCAAGAAAUAA